AUGACUCAGGACGAAUUAAACAGCAGAGAUCAAAGAAUUAAUGAUCUUCUUUCUAGGGUUCGACUUCAUUAUCUCCAAUACUUCGAAACCAAGGGUAGAUUCAUCGAAUCCGAUGUUUACUCUGUUCUAUCUUCCCGUUGGCUCUCAACCUACGAACGUGUCCUUCUAUGGAUAGGCGGUUUCAAGCCCGGUCUAAUAUUUCGAGUUGUGCCCAACGCGAAUCUUAACCUAACACCGGAACAAGAAAGGAGAAUAGGGGCGGUUCGGGAGGAGAUAAAGGCUGAUGAGACGUGGUUGACUGAAGAACACAAUCGGAUCCAGCGGGAAGCUCCGGUGGCGGUGGCGCCGCAUGUUAUAGAGGCGGCACGGAGUGGGAGAUUAGGGACCGAGGGAGAGAGGGUAAUGAAUACGUUGCAAUCGUCUUUCGCCACACUGGUGGCAUGUGCUGAUCGUGUAAGGGUUAAGGCCACGACCAAGGUGAUUGAUAUUCUGAAUCCUAUUCAAACGCUUAAGUUUUAUAUGGCAAUGGCUACUCAUCAACUUAGGAUGAGACAAAUAGGUUUGCGUCGUGGCUAA